GCGGACCGCCUCGUCUUGUCGCUCUCUACAAAUUCACGCUCCCUUUUGAGACCCGGUCCCCGUGUUUAUUUACCACUUCUUUCCGUCAACUCCCAUCGUCCCCCUCCCUCCCGUCGUCGCCCGCAGCGUCUGCGCGUUCGCCGCUCCUCCUCGCCCCUCGUCAGAGUUCACCGACAGCACACCCAUCCACCCUACCACCAGCCAUCCAUCAUGCCUCUCGGACCUACCGCCCACAAACUGCUGCCCUACCUGAACUUCACGAUCGCCACCGCCGCCCUCUGUUUCCAGACGACGGUUCUCUACCCGUGGCACCACGAGCUCGACUCCGAGUUCAAGCGGCUGAAGGAGGAGCAGACGCGCAUGCUGAAGGAGCUGCACGACGCGAAGCUCGAGCGCAUCGCGCAGGUCGAGGCGAAGAUCAUACAGAUUGACCACAAGCUCCGUGGGAUCGGCGUGAGGCCAUGAGGAGGGGGGCGCCGGCGCGCGCGAGGGAGGCGCAGAUCGCCUGCUGCACCGAUACUAGAUUCUAGACGGCGUCGAGCUCGAGUUCGCCUCGCUACGCAUAGCCCCGUCGUCCCCCCUGCCCUGUUACCCUACCCGGACCUAUCGGACCAGCACUGUAUUCCACCGUCUAUGCGCUGUACUUCAUAGUCCCUGCGCUGUGCCUCACCGGCCCUGUGGUAUACCCUACCCGGACCUCAGCCAGCGUAGGGACAUCGCCCACGCAGCGCUAGACAGCUGCACACUCGCUUUCGAUCGUUCGUGUUAUGUAUGCGCUUUCUUCACAUUUAUAAUCUAUAUCGCCGUGGUUGCGGCCGGAGCACUCACGCCCUGUGUAGUUCGGAGAAAACUAUCGGCUUGUCGGGCGUCCUGAGGAAGUCGUCGGCGC